GGGAGGUUCUCUGGCUUCCCUCUCCGAGCAAGACAACACAGUCCUAAAUCAUGGACACGGCAGCUGGAACAGUACUCCAGCACGUUUAAAACUUAGCAAAAGCUGCUGUAACACAACGUCGACCCUUUCCUUACCCUCUCUCCUACACCACUGAACCGCUUCUAAAAAUGCAGACGUAAAAGACUCCGAAUUCGUCCAAGAAGUAUCCUCGUACUUUCUCCAAUAAUAUACCCCCUUCGCUAUCGGUCUUUCCCCAUCUGUUUCUCCUUUUAAGUGCUCAAAAAAGUUUCGCGCACACACUGAACGGUUGACACUCUCAACAUCCUACUCCCACCCUCUCAGAACAGAGAAAAAAUGGAAAAGGAGUUCCUCAACAUCUGCUAAAGUUGGACAGAAGACAAAAGAUUCAAGUUUGUAAGCACGUGUUACAAAGAGCUGAAGUAAUGAAAAGUCAUCAUGGAAGCUCAGACCCAUAAACUCACCACAGUGGAAAAGAAAAAAGUUGAAAAUUCCAUUAGUAAAGGCCCCUCCACCACACGAGCAGAUGUCAGUGAAAAAGCUGUUGCCUCUAGCACAACUUCCAAUGAAGAUGAAAGUCCAGGACCGAAUUAUCACAGAGAGCGGAGAAAUGCAAUUACACUGCAACCACAAGGCGGGCAGAGCAUUAAUAAAAUUACAGAGGAGCCAUCAUUUGCAGAGGAGAGGGCCACACUGUUGGUGAAAAAAGAGACCCAUGGAUCUGUACCCCACCUCCCUGAAUCUUCAAUCCCUUAUCGUGGAACAGUUUUUGCAAUGGACCCAAGAAAUGGCUAUCCAGAACCGCACUACCACCCACCUCACUUUUUUCAAGCAUUCCACCCCCCAGUACCAAUCGAUGCCAGACAUCAUGAAGGACAUUACCAUUAUGACCCUCCUAUUCCACCAUUGCAUGUGCCUUCUGCCAUUUCUGGUAGCCCAACAUAUUCUGACCUCCCAUUCUUCAGGAUUUCACCCCACAGAAACCCUGCAGCAGCAUCUGAGUCACCUUUCAGCACACCUCACCCUUACAUUUACCCUUAUAUGGACUAUAUCCGAUCAUUCAGUCCAUCCCUGUCAAUGAUUUCUGCAGCCCGAGGACUCAGUCCUACAGAUGCUCCACACCCUGCUCUCAGCUCACCAGAAUACUACCAUCAAAUGGCUUUGUUGGCAGGCCAGCGCAGCCCAUAUGCUGACAUCAUUCCUACUGCAACCUCGGCAGCAGCUAGCUCUAGUGCUUUUCAUAUGGAGUACCUUCAGGCUGUGGAGGGCUCCAGGUUUCCUAAUCCAAGACUCUCAGCAAGACCAAGUCGAAAGCGCACUUUGUCAAUUUCCCCUCUGUCAGAUCCUGGCUUUGACUUUCAGACCAUGAUAAGGACUUCUCCUAAUUCCUUGGUUACAAUUCUGAAUAGCUCCCGCAGCAGCUCUUCUGGAGGUGGUUCAUAUGGCCACCUGUCUGCAAGUGCGAUAAGCCCCGCUUUGAGUUUUACCUACCCUCCAUCACCAGUCACUCUUCAGCAAAUGCACCAACAGAUUAUGAGCCGUCAGCAGAGUAUAGGCUCAGCCUUCGGUCACAGUCCACCACUCAUCCAUCCAGCCCCCACAUUUCCUUCUCAAAGACCUAUAUCGGGAAUCCCCAGUGUGCUAAACUCUGCCCAAGUCAGCUCUGCAACUUCAGACCCUGCGCAGAGCAAGCCAACAAGUGAGUCAGCUGUAAGCAGCACUGGAGAUCUGAUGCACAACAAACGCUCUAAGAUAAAGCCAGAUGAAGACCUUCUCAGCCCUGGUGCAGAAAGCUUACAGGAUCAACAAGAAGGAAUAACACUUGUAAAAGAAGAAGGAGACAAGGACGAGAGUAAGCAAGAGCCUGAAGUGGUUUAUGAGACCAACUGUCAUUGGGAAGGCUGCUUCCGGGAGUUUGACACACAGGAACAGCUAGUGCAUCAUAUAAAUAAUGACCACAUCCAUGGAGAGAAGAAGGAGUUUGUAUGUCGGUGGAUGGAGUGCUCUCGGGAACAGAAACCAUUCAAAGCGCAGUACAUGUUGGUAGUUCAUAUGAGAAGGCACACUGGGGAAAAACCACACAAAUGCACUUUUGAAGGUUGCACAAAAGCCUACUCCAGAUUAGAAAACUUGAAAACACACCUGCGGUCUCACACUGGAGAGAAACCAUAUGUUUGCGAGCACGAGGGCUGCAACAAAGCUUUUUCCAAUGCAUCUGAUAGAGCUAAGCACCAGAACAGAACUCAUUCUAAUGAGAAACCAUAUAUUUGCAAGAUUCCUGGCUGCACAAAGCGUUACACAGAUCCAAGCUCUUUACGAAAGCACGUGAAGACUGUACAUGGUCCUGAGGCACAUGUCACAAAGAAGCAACGUGGGGAAAUUAAUCCAAGACCUCCACCACCUAGAGAUGCAGGUAGCAAUUCUCAGUCCCGAUCGCCAGGUCAUCAUACUCAGGGUACACUUGGAGAGCAAAGAGACCUCAACAGCAUUACCUCUAGACGAGAAGAAUGCCUGCAAAUGAAAACGAUCAAGACAGAAAAGCCAAUGACAUCUCAGCCAAGCCCUGGUAGUCAGUCUGCAUGCAGCAGUGAACAGUCCCCCAUCAGCGACAAUUCCAACAGUGGGCUCGACCUUCAUGUAAGCCGAGGAGGCAGUGUAGGAGACCUCAGUGCCUUAGAAGAAGCACCAAUCAUGGAUUCUACCAUUUCGACAGCCAGCACAGCACUCAGCCUGCACACCAGGAAGAAUGUGACAGGGACCAAAUGGAUGGAGCAAGUCAAACUUGAAAGGUUGAAGCAAGUCAAUGGCGUACUUCCAAGAUUAAACCCUAUCCCACCUUCCAAAGCCCCAACCUUGCCUCCAGUCAUAGGAACUGGUUUGCAGCCAAUGAACUGUAAUACUGGAGGAUAUAUGACUGUUCUUCCCUCUAGAAAUGAACUUUCAGAAAAAGAUGUAACAGUGCUAAAUAUGCUAAAUGACAGAAGAGACAGCACCACCAGUACUAUCAGUUCAGCAUAUCUAAGCAGUCGUCGAUCCUCUGGAAUUUCCCCCAACUUUUCUAGUAGAAGAUCAAGUGAAGCUUCACAGGCUGAAGGCAGACCACAGAAUGUAAGUGUGGCAGAUUCAUAUGAUCCUAUAUCCACAGAUGCAUCUAGGCGAUCUAGUGAUGCGAGCCAGUGUAGUGGUCUUCCUAGUUUUCUUAACUUUACCCCUGCACAGCAGUACAGGCUUAAUGCAAAGUAUGCUGCAGCAAUUGGUGGGCCGCCACCUACUCCAUUACCUAACAUGGACAGGAUGAGUUUAAAGACAAGAAUGGCACUUCUGGGUGACUGUAGGGAAUCUAGAGUAUCUCCACUGCCUCCAAUAUAUACUUCUCGAAGAUGUAGUGAUGGAACAAAUGGAUACAGUAGAAGGCCUCUUUUGCCUUUUGAUGUGUUAGGGAAUGGAACAAGAAGAGCGAGUGAUCCUGUGCGGACAGUCUCUGAUCCACUUUCUUCCCCAAGAAUGCAAAGAUUCAGUAGUCUUAAUACAAUCAACCCUCUGCUGGCUGCACCAUCUGGUGAAAGGCGUGGCCUUGCUCUCCAAAAUUAUACUUACUCAGAUGGAAACAUUCAGCAGAACAGCUAUUCACCUUGGCCACCUAGCAUUAGUGAAAAUUCAGCCAUGGAAGCUAUAGAAAUGGAAGCUGGUCUCCAUCUCAGUGAUGAAGAUUUUCUUCCAGAUGAUGUAGUUCAGUAUCUUAAGUCACAGAAACAGAGUAGUAGUAAUGGCAUGGAAAAUGUCACUAAUACAGAACAGCAGCAUCGUACAAUAGGAAAUAACAGCAGUUAUGAUCAAACUUCGUUAGUUCAACAGCAUACUUGUUCAGUAAGUGGUGGCACUGAGGCAAGCAGGGAGGAACUGCCCAUUCAGUGGAAUGAAGUGAGUUCGGGGAGCACUGAAAUAUUACCUCAAAAGCCAAAACAUGGACAACACAGUUCUGUUCAGCAAAGUCGAUCAUCUGGAUUUUUUAAUAACUUGAUUGUUCAACAGCAGGCUUCAUUAAGAGCAAACCAAAGCCAGCACAGUGACUUUCAGCAUUAUGCAGAUAGUAAUGUAUACCAUGUGCGCCCUGGCAGAAUUAUUACCAAUCCAAAUAUCUGUUCCAGUGUACAGUUGCUUAAAGGACAUCAGUGUAACCAGAACACCGGCAAGCAAACAAACACUGCUUUGGCUUGUAGUACUUAUGGUAUAGCUAGUCAAGGUCAGUCGUUAAAGAAAAAUAUGACACAGACUAGUAGAUGUCAGUAUAAUCUUGUACACACUGAUCAAGAAAGUUGGCAAUCUUCAGAUGUGCCUGAUAGGAUGCAUUGUCAAAAUGUGAAUCAUCAGACCUGUAUGCAGUCUCGCCUGUCUUCAAGUCAGCAGAUAAACAGUGCUUUGCAAUUCCAAGUGAUGAAUGGUACUGAACAAAUUAAUUUAACACAGACUAGUCCUGUAUCACAAAGUAGUUUCUACCAAGAAAUGCAGACUCAUCCAGCUCAUCCAGCUGUGCAACAUAAUGCUGGAACUCAGCAAGUGGGAAUGAGUAUUACAAAAAGUUAUCAGUCAUAUGAUAAACAAAAUGACAAACAGUAUAACAUGUUAAGAAGCAUUCACUGUCAGCAGCAAGAACAUAUACACAAUGUGAACCAAACUUGCAGAGUAACCACAGUAAAAUCAGAAAUGCAAGGCCACCUACAGCAGACGUCUUGCUCUGAUAUGCAAAACUACUCUGGCCAGUCACAUGACCAGAACACUGGCUUUGAACUUGGAGUCACAAAAGCAUCCUCUUACUCUAGUCCAGAAACCAACUGCUUACUAAAGGAGACUGGUGCUGCAGAUUCAUCUGUGCUUCUUUCUCCAGGGGUUAACCAGGUGACAAGUACAGUAGACAGCAGUACACUAGAAGGUGUUCACAUUGAUUUUGAUGCUAUCAUGAAUGAGGGGGACCAUGCUAGCCUAAUAUCAGAAGCCCUGAGCCCAAGUAUUUUUCAGAAUAUUUCUCGAAAUUCUUCUCGCCUCACAACGCCACGAGUGUCUCUUACAUUCCAGAGUAUGCCUGUAAGAACCACAAAUAUGGCUAUUGGGGACAUGAAUUCUUUGUUAACCUCACUUGCAGAAGAAAGCAAGUUUCUUGCUAUUAUGCAGUAGAUGUGAAUAACUGAAAUAACAGUUAUAACAGAAAGGAUUUUUUUUUUAAUUU